UAAAAGUUAAAAAAAUGGCUACUUUGCAACCUACAAAUAGACAGCACAGACGCAUUAAUAUUCGGUACAUAGACCUUGGUUUCUCUUCUACUUCGUCGAUUUUCCCAAAACCCAGAUGGAAACAGUGAAUGGUGAUUCCCUUGCUGUGGUGCCACAAGAAACCAUGGGCAAUUUAUCCAAUGUGGAGAGUUAUAAUCAACGGGUGGACGAGAUUUUCAAAAAAGUUAAUAAGCUAGAGAAAAACUUAAAUGAGGUUGAGCAAUUUUAUUCAUCUGCCAAUAAAAAGCAGCCAAACACUUCGAAAGGUAGCUCAGUUCUGAAGGACAAAGAUAGGGAGAAGCUGUUUGCCAGCUUUAAGAGGAGGCAACAAGAUGCAGCCAGUAGGGAAGCGGCUGCUGGUAAGAGAAUGCAAGAGCUAAUGCGCCAAUUUGGAAUGAUAUUACGCCAGAUAACUCAGCACAAAUGGGCAGUACCAUUUAUGCAACCUGUGGAUGUGUUAGGUCUUGGUUUGCACGAUUACUAUGAGGUUAUUGAGAAGCCCAUGGACUUCAGUACUAUUAAAAGCAAAAUGGAGGCUAAGGAUGGUAACGAAUAUAAGAAUGUUCGAGAGAUUUGGGCAGAUGUGAGGUUGAUAUUUACGAAUGCGAUGAAAUAUAACAAUGAAAGGGAUGACGUCCACGUUAUGGCCAAAACUUUGUUAGAGAAGUUUGAGACAAAGUGGCGGCAACUCUUGCCUAAAGUUGGUGAAGAGGAAAAAAGACGGAAAGAAGAAGAAGCUGAGAUGCAGCUUGAUAUGCAGCUCACCCAAGAUGUUGCUCAUGCCAAAAUGGCCAAAGAUUUAAGUGGAGAGCUGGACCAGGUUGAGGUGCAUCUGGAAGAACUCAGAGAUAUGGUACUUCAGAACUGCAGAAAGAUGUCGACUGAAGAGAAGAGAAGACUCAGCAGUGCCAUUGCCAAGUUAUCUCCUGAGUAUAUCAACAAGGCGGUGGAAAUCUUUGCCCAGGGUAACCCGGACUUUCAAGCAUCCAGGGAAGACGUGGAAAUUAACAUGGAUGUUCAGGUUAUAAAGCCUGUUUCUUCCCUUUCACAACUUUAUUUUAUGGCAUACUGUAAGAGUGAGUCGACCUUGUGGAAAUUGAAGUUUUUCAUAAAAGAUGCUCUACAAGGACGGGGGAAGAAUUCAUCAAACAUCAAUGAGGAUAACCAAAACAACAAUAACAAAAGAAAAAGAGAGAUUUGUGGUGCUCUUGCCAAGACUUCCCAGAAGAGGGGCAAAAAGUUCCCUGGCUGAAGUACCAAUUUAGUCUGGCCCUCCUAUGUAAAUAAAUUACCGAAUUUGUGAGGGGUUGAAUUUUUUUUCCUUUUUUUCUUU